GUGCAUUGUGAGAGAGUGCAAUUGAGACGAACAAUAAGCAGCGUUAAACGUUAGACGAGUUCAGCAGCGAGCUUUUUCAUCCCGAGGCGGAAGUCUGCAUUCGUCUCUUGACCGUUUGCUGGGAUUAUCCUGCGCCAUGACGGUGCACAGGCGUCUUACACUGGCGAUAUCGAUCUGCUUGAUCCUAUCGACGAAAUUUGGCACGACGCGAGGCGAGAGAUGGUCGCGACAGGUCUCGAAUAGCGAAUGGAUACCACUGGCGAAUCCCAGGUCGGUGCAAACUCAAGUCGAGCAAACGUCCGCUGGACGUUUGGCGAGCAGUGGCGCGCAACUGCCUCAACUUCCGCAACUCUCUCUACCGCCAGCCCUUCAACAACAGUACCAAGAACAAUUGUUGCAACUGCAGAAGACUCAGGAAAAUAUACAGAAAUUGUUGCUACUGCAACAACAGCUUAGAGCUCAACAGCAACUUCUUCAGUCUCAAACGUUCAACGUACCAAGCGGGUUCAGCAAUGCGGACGAAGAAAAGCAACUGCAUCAUCAAAUGAGAUUGGGAGACUCGCAGGUGGCGGAUCUCGCUUCCGAAGAUCUGGUGCCACCCCUCCCCUUAACGGAAUCGUUGCCCUCGGUUUUUCCGCCGCAGAACUUCCUCCCUCAACGACCGAACACGAAACAGGAGACGAGUCUACCUCAGGAAUUGGCUAAUUUGCCCGGGCAGGAUUUCAAGAACGAGCAGUUGCUGCAGAGGCCUAAUAUAGGAAACGUUGGACAGAUCGAGGGGAAUCAAAGGCAAGGCGCGAAACAGAUAAAGGAAUCAAGCCAGGUCGGCUUGGUGUCUCAAAGUGAGGUUGGCCACCAAGACGAGGACGAAGAGGUGCAAUUAGUGUACGUGCCGGCGGAAACUUUGGCGCAACGAGGCCAGCCUAAGAGAGGUCGUGGAAGGAAGCAGUAUCAUCCUCUGCAUCAGCAUCAGCAACCCCAGCAACAGAGCCAAGGCUUGGAGGCGAUCGGGCACGACCAGAACGCGUUUGCCCGUCAAAUAUUGCAACAGAUCCAGAUGGAGCGGGAGGAGAAGGCGCAAUUUUUGAAGGAGGAGCGGAUGAAGGAGAUCGCGAGAUUGAACGAGGAGCAAAGGGCGUUGGAGCGAAAGGCGCGGCUUCAACAGGAGGCGCUGCAAAGGGAGCAAGAGUUGCAGAGGCAGCGGGAGGCGGAGAAGAAGAAGAAGGAGUUGGAGAGGUUGGAAGAGUUGGCCAAGCAACGGGAGUUGGAGAGGAUCCGAGAGGCGAGGGAGAAGCAACGUUUGGAGGAGCUGGAGAGAAGGAGAUUGGCCGAGGUGCGGGCGAAAGAAGAGAAGAGGCGAGCCGAGGAGGCGAACAGGCAGAGGGAAGCCGAAAGACUGGCCGCUUUGGAGAGGCAGAAGGAACUCCAGGAGAUCCAACGGCAACGAGAGCGCGAGAACGAAGGAAGAGUGGAGCAGGCCGAGAAUCGAGACGUUCAUCAAGCUCAGGCUCUUCCUUUGAUCAGAAAUCAAAACCAACAAUUGCAUCGUCAACAAUUGCCGGAACCGCCUAAACAGGGUAAAAGUAAGAUAAGAGGGAGACAAAGGCCGCAGAGGCCUAAUUUCCAGGAUCAGCAGAGUUAUAGAGAAGUAGCUAGCACGACUCCUUCCCCUAAUCAACCCCCUCUCUCGGUAUACAUGGGAAGCCCCAGCUCGAAGACGAGCAACGUCAAAGUUUCCGACGUGUUGAGGAUAUUGAAGGACGCGAAGACGAUAGCUGUUCUGGACACCGUUGGCCCGGAUACACCUCAAGUAUUCGUGGGCCCAACCAGUUUAGAUCCCCCGCCGGGCUACGCCAAGUUCGAUCUUCCCUACCUGUCGUCCAUCGAUCACAAUCGCGUGGAGAGGAGGGUCGACAAGUUGCCUUUCUUCGUCGCGCCGCUCAGCUUCGACCCUCCUACAGGAUAUUCCAAAAUCCCUUUCCCCGCGCCACAUAUAGGAUCGGUGGUGGUGAACACGUUGGAUAAUAACACCUUGGAUCCCACGAAAGGCGAUCCCAAUCCAAGCCCGACCCCCCUUAUCGAGCCCAAUUCCUAUUUGGACGGUUUGGACCCUGUCUCCGAGUCCACCACUCCUUCGUACGAGCCUCAGACGACCAUAACUUAUCCCGAACAACCGUCCAACACUCCCAAAUACGAGCAAACGUAUUCGACGCCAUCCGCCGGAUACUCGUCCGGGUCGAGAUUCAGGUUCAGGCAAUUUUACGCCGACGGUAAACCUGCCUCCGUAAUCGGCACUUCUUCUUACUACGACGAGCAGAAAGCCGCGACGAGAAAGGACAAGUAUCGCAUCGACGAAGGUUCGAGAACCACGGAGAUCCCCGCGCAAAGCGGCAACGUUGCAGCGUCGGUGAGUCGCGCGGAAGAAGUUUCGUAUUCGACUACGCCCGCUUUCAAAGAAGAAACUAUGGUCGGCCAAAUGCAAGACCCGUCGGAUCAACUGGCGUUAAUUAACGAACAGUUGGCCCAACAGAGGGAGAAAUACAACAAUGGUGGACAGUAUAGCGAGCACAGGGUCUCUGGUGCUAGUUUCAACGGUGAAAUCGCUAGCGGCGACGUUAACGACGUUAGAGAUUCCGUUGGGCCAACGCAAUAUAGCUUGCCGGCCGAGCUGCCGGCGAUCUCUCCGCACCUCCCCGGCCUGGUCAACUCACUGUUGGAUAAGAACGAGGCGAGACUCCACACCACGAGCACCACUACCAGCACGACAACUACCACCACCACUACGACUCAACGCGUACCCACGACCACUUAUAGGCCUCGCAGUAGACAAAGAAGCAGGCUAGUCUCCACGAGGCCGAGAACCACGACGACCGAGACGGCUCCAUCGAGCAGAGCUAAUGUAGAUAGGAAUCGAAGACCGUACAACAGAUCGAGAUCUAGAUUCACGACCACCACGGAGGAGUAUCACGAAUCCGCUUACGAGCCAACCAGAUCUAAAAUUCCAGAGACUACGGUGAGAUAUAACGGGGAGCAUAGGAGGCCGACGAGCAGAACGCACAAAUAUAGGAAUCGAGACAAGAUUAGCCAGCAAUCCGAGGUACAGAACAAACAGACGCAGCAAUCGUACGACACCAUCUCCCACAGCGACUCGAAUCCCCCGACAUCGAAUGGUUUCCUCCAGCAGACGGGACCAGCAGACUCGAGUAAUCUUCGUCACUUCGAUUCGUCGUCGAAUUUGAACGACUACACCCCGGAGAAUUAUCCGUCCACCACUGUCAGCACCACCGAGAAUUAUCCAUCGUUCCACGACGUGACGGUGAAUCACGGUUCGGCACUAAUUUCGGAAGAUUAUUCAAGAAGUCAAAGUUAUCCCCAAACGAUUCAAGAAGAUUAUCGAUCUACCGUGGAACAGGUUGGCAUCGAGAAGAGUCCGGUGAAUGGAUUUAAUUAUCAAGCUCAAAGCGGAGAGCCGUUGGAUCAGAGAUUACUCGACAGGACGAAGGAUUAUCAAUUGGAUGGAAAAGUAGAGAACGGCGAUUACGAGGUGUCCACGACCGUUGAUCCAACGAGGUUGAGAACACCGGAAGAGCAACGUUACUCGUCCGUAUACGACGCGAACGUGCCACAGACGCAGCCAGAAUACAGUUUAACUGGACAAGAUAAUCUGCAUCGCGCGGAGAACGAGAAGAUUCAAACCGGUGUUAUCGAUAGUAAUCCUAACGAGCAGCCGAUAUUUAUCCCGUUGCCGGAGAAUAAGCAAGAGGAUUACGAGUUAUCACUCUCCUCCACGGAACUUCCAUUGCUAGACAUAACAACCGACGCACCGACGACGAGCACGACACCUGUGAUAAUUCGACAACGAGUACGAGGACGUAUUGGCACGCGUUUGCAUCACGAGCCUUCGGUUCAAACUCGAAACAAAGGUUCGCAGGACGAGUAUGUUCGUUUCAACGUGGUAAACGAUUCCUCUCGAACGAUAUCGAACAGACAGAGAAGUAGACCGAGAUCUCGUGCACCGAGUCACGGAUCACAGGUUCAGACCGAUGGUAACGAGUACAUAAAGAUCCACGCAUUGCAACAGCAAAGGUUAGUCGCCACGACAACACCAGCGCCAUCUACCACGACCACUACGGUCAGCUCGACGGAAGAGGACAUCGAUUACGGAUUUAUAAGACCACCGAAUUUCCGACCUGUACAUCCAGUGGACAAUAGAUUCCAGCAGCCGAUCACGUAUCGACCUCAUUUUUCGGAGGUACCUCAGCAAUCGCUGUUACUAAACGAGGACGAAACCGCAUUGGAAUCGAGUCCCCCGCAGUCACAGCUGUUGAAAACUCGUCAAAAGUAUCAACCGACACCGAAUCGUCGUCCAUCGACGAAAGCGACAACCGUGGCGCCAUCUACGACGACUACGGAAGCCGCAACUACCACCGAAAAAAUACCUGUUGCCACGGUGCUUCCCGACGACACGAUAUACACGGUGAAAUCGAAGUCUCGGCCGGACGAAGCGAAAGAGAUCAGAGUGAGAGGUAGAAUUCGUCGACCCGGUAGAAAACGCGUAACAACCACGAGCACAACCGAAUCCGUGUUGGAGGCGCACAACGAGCUGCCAUUGGACGAAAAUUAUCCGCCGAUACGACCGCAAACCGUAACCACAGAGCAUCAACAGACAGUGUACAACGAUAAUUACAAUAACAACGGAGGAUUCUCCGACGGUGGCCGUAAUCCAACUGGACAACAGUUCUACGAGACCUCUAGCGAGAACUACCCGCCAGAAUUCAUCCUCAACUUCGGUGGUAGCUACCCGUCCCAGCCGGUUCAACGCGACGGGGAAUACGGUGAUCAGUCGGGCAACGUAGACGCGGCAACGGGGAAAUACGGCGAGGCGUCAAGGCCAAGCACGUCGGCAUCGGGCAUCGUCGACAAUCGUCGCACAACGGCGGACAUCUACGGGGCGGAGAGCCAGUGGUCCACGAAACUGACGAGGACCUCGUUCCAGCCGAGUUUCUCGUUCAAUCAAGUGAGGGAGGCCUCGAAAGAUGGCCGCCAAGCUUGGCCGUCCUCGAUCAACGAGGGCGUCCAUCUGCCGGAGAUAAUCACGGCUCCGCCGGAAGUGUCGUCCGUCACGUUGAUCGUCUCCUCGGACGACAACAGAAUGAAAGAGGAAAAGAAAGAAGAGGAGGAGGAGGACGAGUCGACGCUGAUGGGAACAACAUUGUUCGGUAUGAAAACGCAGGAUCACACGGAGAGGAUAAACGCGAAUGCAUCCGUGAUCGAAGGAAAGAGAAACGGAAGUGAAAUUGAAGCAAUGAAUUCUACGAAGCAAUCGAUGGAUUUGGAGAAGAUCGGAUGGAAAAGGGACAAUUCUACCGGCGUGAAGAAGAUUUCCAGGAGGAGGAAGGUACGCGUUCGAGUGAGGCCGGCCGCCGAGGACUUCGUCACGGCAGAAUCCCAGCACUUCAACUCCGCCCUCAACGGCUUGUUCCGCGAUCAGUACAAGUACGAUCCUACUCGCCAAUCCAAACCUUUCGCCCCGCCAGAGAAAUCCGUCCUACGUAAUCCUUUCGCGACGUCCGACAUUCUGAAGAACGGCGAGGCAGCCACCGAAGUGGCGUGGACCGUGCAUCCAACCACGACCACAACCACGACCACAACUACCCCUGCUUCGAUCGAAGAAGGAACGACAGAGAUCACCACGAUUCCAAGCGUCCAAGCCUCGAGAAGCGAAGAGACGACGAUCACCGAAACGCCUCUCGACGAUCUAUUCGUAAAAUUGGCGAAAAAGCCGCAAGAUGGCGGGAAGAUGAAGGAGAAAUCGGAGAGGAAGAAAGAGGUUGAGGCUGAAAAGGAACAGGAGGCGUGGGAAUCGUCGAAGAAGUGGAGGAACGAGGUUCAAGACAGCGUUGACUUCGAAUAUAAAAGCAAGAACAAUUCUGACGAUACGUUCAACGAAUUGCAAAGGGUCGAGAAAUUGGUUGAGGCGAGACGAAAGAACGAUAUAAUUGACUCCGUGAACGAGGAGGAAGGGAACCGAGAGUUGUCGAGAAACGAGGAUUUCGAUCACCCGAAGAACCACAGAGCGAAGUGGAGCGAGGUUAGGUACGCCUUCGAGCAGUCGAAGCCUUCCAAUUGGAACUCCGGCAAGAUGAAAUCCGGAACAACGUCCAUCCCUGGAUUGGUGACGAGGAACGAGGGGGACGGCAGCGUGAACGCGCUGUCCGACUACGUCCAAGCGAUCUUCGAUACGAUGAAGAGCGCCGAGGAGGAGACGAACACGGCCACCGAAGGUCCAUCAAGCGAGGAGAUCGCCACCACCGUUCUUCCUCCUUCGAACACGUUGCAGUCGAGCGAGGAGAGAUCAACGACGAAGGACGAUGGCGAGACGACGACCGCUCGGUUCGAGGAGGUUGACGGAGAGGCGACCGAGUCCACCGAGAACGCGACGAUGUUGGGACGAGUGGAGACGACGACUUCGCCGGCCUCGAAGCCGAGCGGCCCCCCUUCGUCGAGCAACUCGACGGAGUCGAUAUUGGGCAAGGUUCUGCGUACCUCCACCACCACCAAGGUCUCCCACAUGACGGAGAUUUGCUACAGGGGGCGAUGCGUGAUGACAAGGCCAAGUCGAGAUGAUCGAUUCAGAUGAAGGGAAGAUGGUUAUUCUUCUUCUUCUUCUUCUUUUUUUUUGAUAAAGAGGAUAGGAUAUCGUUCUCUUCGAUCUGAAUCGAAUUAUUUGUGUGUGUAUAUAUAUAGAAAUUGUAGAGUGGGCCUCGUUAAUCUAUUUAUUUUUUUUUUUUUUGAAAGAAAGAAAGAUUUUGAAGUUUAAAUAAUGGAGAGAUAUUUUUAUAGUUUUAAUGUUAAAGGGAAUUAAGAAGCAGUGUACAGGUAUCGACGAAUUAAUUCGUGAUGUUUGGAUAGAAGAAGGAUUUUUUCAAUCCUUUGGCUCGAACGAGAGCCAGAGGCCCGCUUGACGUUUCGAUCGGUAAAAAAGGGAGGAAGAGAAAAAAAGAGAAAUGAUAGAAACGAUAAGUCUAUUUAACUUAAUUUUUCUGCCAGCCGUUUGGUAUACGUGUAAGUUAAGCGUUUAAGUAUUUUAAUAAAAACAAGAUAAAAGUAAAAAGU